AUGGAGCUUCCGGGACGACAAGCUAGUAUGAAUGAACCCAUCGCCAUCAUAGGAACUGCUUGUCGAUUGCCAGGUUCUGCAAGCUCCCCAUCUAAACUCUGGGAGCUUAUCAAGUCCCCGCAAGAAAUCCCACGCCCUGUCACCGCGGAUAGACUCAACCUAUCCAACUUCUACAGCCCCGACGGUGAGAGUCACGGCCGUACUGAUGUCAGGAAGCAACCCUACCUACUCAAUGAAGACAUUCGGCGUUUCGAUGCAUCCUUUUUCCGCAUCAACCCCAAAGAGGCCGCUGGCAUGGACCCACAGCAACGCAUUCUGUUGGAGACUGUUUACGAGGCGCUUGAGGCAGCAGGAUUGCCUCUGGGCUCAGUCGAAGGAUCGCAGACAUCCGUCCACGUUGGCGUUAUGACUGACGACUACGCCAUGAUCCAAGCCCGGGAUAUCGAUAGCAUGGGCAGUCAUGCAGCUACUGGCCUAUCCCGCUGCAUCUUGUCCAACCGUGUCUCUUAUGCAUUCGACUUGCGUGGACCCUCAAUGACUGUCGACACAGCGUGCUCCAGUUCACUUGUCGCCCUUCAUUUGGCAGUCCAGAGCCUUCGAAAAGGAGAGGCAUCCCAGGCGGUUGUGGGAGGGACCAGUCUGCUGCUCGACCCUCACUGGUUUGUGGCCGAAUCGUCACUCCACAUGCUGUCCUCGGAUUCUCGCUCCCGAAUGUGGGAUGUGGAAGCCAAUGGAUAUGCUCGCGGAGAAGGCUGUGCGGUGGUAAUCCUCAAGCCUCUCAACAAAGCCAUACAAGAUGGCGAUCACAUUGAAAGCGUCAUCCGCGAAACAGGCGUCAACUCGGAUGGUCGAACAAACGGCAUGACAAUGCCCUGCCCCAUAGCGCAGGCCACUCUGAUUCAGGAAACGUACCAGAACGCAGGUCUGAAUUCCGUCACCGAUCGGUGCCAGUACUUUGAGUGUCACGGCACUGGCACCCAAGCCGGUGACCCAGUCGAGGCUCGUGCUAUCAGCAGCGCAUUCUUUCCUUCGACUACGCUUGACCAGGAAGAUUCCGCAAAGGCUGAUGCAAUUCCACUGUACUGUGGCUCGAUUAAGACUAUCGUUGGUCACCUCGAAGGCUGCGCUGGGUUAGCCGGCCUUCUUCGGGCAUCCCUUGCAGUCCAACACGGCGUCAUCCCGCCCAACAUGCAUUUCAAUGAGCUCAACCCGUCCGUCAAACCUUUUUACACGAAUCUCUGUGUGCCUACGUCGCCCCUGAAGUGGCCAGAUACCCAUGGUCAACCUCGUCGCGCCAGCGUCAACAGCUUUGGCUUUGGCGGCACAAAUGCCCACACUAUUAUCGAAAGCUACGUUACUCCUGCGGAGACUCUUCCAUCCUCCAAACAAACGGCAGCUGUCAAAUCGGUCGCCAGGCAAGAAAUUGAUGGUUUCGGACUCGUCGACCAUCUGCGGAUCAAUCCGGCGCUGGAUUUAGAUGCCUUGAGCAGCGUGCUGCAUUCGAACCGAAGCGCCUUGACAUACAAGAUAGUAGUUCCGGCAAUGGCAAGUCGCGAGAAGCUACUAGAAAGCUUAGAGGAACAUGUCAAGCUCGCAUCUAGCGUACAAACCAGGAUCCUCGGCAUCUUCACUGGACAGGGUGCUCAAGCUGCCCAGAUGGGCCGACAAUUGGUACAAUACUGCACAAUCUUCCGCCAGUCCAUUCAGAAAUGCGAGGCCGACUUGAAGUCACUUCCAGAAGGUCCUACUUGGUCAUUGAUGGAGGAGUUGACUGCGGAAGAGAAGGUUUCGCGUCUCUCUGAGGCCGUCAUCUCCCAACCUCUUUGUACGGCCCUUCAAAUUGCCCUUGUCGACCUCCUGAAAACGGUCGGCAUUGAGUUCGCUGCCGUUGUUGGCCACUCCUCUGGCGAGAUCGGUGCUGCGUAUGCCGCUGGCCUUUUGAGCGGAAGGCAUGCCAUGGGUAUCGCGUACUACCGCGGUCAAGUGGCCCACCUGGCAAAGGGGCCGGGCGGGAAAGCGGGAGAGCCCCGAUUCAAGGGACGGGUCAGUGUGGCAGCGGGCAAUGCGCCCUCCAGCGUCACUCUGUCUGGUGACUUGGACGCCAUCGAAGAGAUCAAGGGUGUCUUGACAGCAAAGAAGAUCCAGGCUAGGCAGCUCAGAGUCGAUACAGCCUACCACUCGCAUCACAUGCUUGAGUGUGCUGAAGCCUACCUGAGCCAUCUUCAGCAGCUCAAGGUGCAAAUCCGCAAGCCAGCUGAGGAUAACGCAUGCGUAUGGUUCUCCAGUGUGCGGAACAGCACUGACAUGGUCACCCAUCAUGUUCAUCAGAAAGGCCUGGAGGACCAGUACUGGGUUGAUAACAUGGUUCAGCCAGUGCUGUUCUCCGAGGCUGUGCAGUUUGCGAUCCAGAGCCUUCCGGCACGCUUUGCGAUCGCUCUCGAAGUUGGACCACAUCCUGCUUUGAAGGGUCCAGUGAGCCAAACUAUCAAAUCAUUAUCAAUGCCUCCUGUUCCGUACGUUGGCUGCUUGGAGCGCGAGAAAGGAGGCAUUGAGAGUAUGUCAUCGGCCCUCGGAACGAUCUGGAGCUACCUGGGUCCCUCUGCCAUCGACUUUGGCGCUUGGCGAGAGAGCUUCAAUUUACCCAGGCAACGGAUCCCUCUCAAAGGCUUGCCCACGUAUGCGUGGGACCAUGAUCAAGUGUACUGGCUAGAAUCCCGUCUCUCACAUAACAUGCGUGUGGGUGGCCAGCCGCCACACACUUUGCUCGGCCGUCAGCGCGAAGACACUCCAUACGAGAAGACGUGGCGAAACUUCUUUCACUUGAAAGAGAUGCCGUGGGUCACGGGCCACACGUUUCAGGGCCAAGUUCUCUUUCCUGGAGCUGGCUAUUUUAGUAUCGCUUUAGAGGCGUCCAAAGCCUUUGUCCAGGGCCGCCCCAUCAAGCUGCUUGAGGUCAGAGAUAUGAACAUACCCAAAGCACUGGUCAUCGGUGAGGAUGAAGGAGUUGAAGUCGUCUUUACGAUGCGCAGCAAGACGCUUCACACAACGGUAUCAGACGGCUCAAGCUUAGAAGCCGAGUUCGUUGCUUACAGCUGCUCGGAUGGACGCGUCUUGGUUGGAAUUCGACGAGCCUUCAUCAAUCCCAAUCAGAACUACGAGGAUGAGCCCGGCUCAACGAACAUCGAGAUCGAGGCCAUGAUGGUGACUGCAAAUGCUGCCAUUGUGGAGGUUGACAUCAGUUUAUGUGCUAAGAAAAUAAACGAAACCCAGAGCUGCGGCAUUCAGAUCGAUGGCCUGAUACUCAAAGCGAUCGCUGAACCACAGCCGUCUGAAGACCGCAACUUGUUUGUCAAGACUAUCUGGGAUGCUGACAGUGCCUACGGCCUUGCUGUCACAUCGCCAACUCCAGCUGAUGAGGCUGAUCCCCCAACUGUGAUAGACGCGUGUGAGAGAAUCACUCUGUUCUACAUGCAAAACCUCAUUCGCAAGCUCUCUGCAAAGGACCUGGAGUCUGCAACGUGGUACCAUCAAGAGUUGUUCCGCUACAUACACACCACGUUGUCCACAAUCCGGGACAAAAAGCAUGCGAUCCUGCGUGAAGAGUGGUUGGAUGACGACCGUGAGACCAUCCUGAAGCUUAUCGAUGAGCAUCCAGAGAGCGUCGACAUAGAGAUGCUGGUCGCAGUGGGUGAAAACCUGCCAUCCGUGGUCCGGAAAGAGUCUGGGAUGAUGGAGCACAUGUUGAACAACGACCUGCUCAGUCGGCUUUAUAAAGAAAGCCGCGGGCUAGCAGCAUGUAAUCAGCAAGUUGCCAACCUGAUGCGUCGAAUCAGUCACAAGCACCCCCGAAUGAGGAUACUCGAGAUUGGCGCCGGUACGGGUGGCACAACUCUCAGUAUUUUGAGCGCCAUAGGUGAAGCAUACACCUCUUAUACAUGCACAGACAUCUCAGCAAGUUUCUUCAACGGUCUGUCGGAGAAACUGCCCGAGGCACACACGUCAAAGGUCAACUUUAAAGUCUUUGACGCGGAAAGGCCACCAGGGGCCCAAGGGUUUGCCGAGGGCAGCUACGACAUCGUCAUCGCGGCCAACGUACUCCACGCAACACGAAAGCUGUCCGAGACGGUGAGAAAUGCCAGAGCUCUCUUGCGACCUGGUGGCCAUCUCAUUGCUAUCGAGGUUACAGGCGGCAUGAUCCGUGAAACCGGCCUUAUGGGCGGCUUAGAGGGCUGGUGGCUCGGCACAGGUGAAGGAAGAAAAAUGGGCCCUGGCAUCGAUCCUCGCGAAUGGGAUAGCAUUCUUGAGGAGAACGGGUUCUCUGGCGUUGAUUAUCUGGACAACCCCUUUUUUGCCGAGCCGCCGACGCCUGAAAGGCUUGACAGGCUGCAGGGAAUGCUGGGUGUCGCACACAACAUAUUGUGGGUUACUUGCGGGCGCAUGCUCGAUGACCCCUACGCCAACAUGAUGGUAGGCAUUGGCCGUGCUCUCGUUGUGGAAUUGCCCCACGUAAACAUGCAUUAUCUCGAUUUUGAAUGCCCUGAGGCGUGGAAUGCUGACGUUCUUGUACGCCACGUUCUUCGAAUGGCGUUCACAUUGGCGUCGUCUACAGCUACGCAAGAAAUGCUCUGGAGCGAAGAGCCAGAGGUCCUGGUCAAAGGCAGUGAGAUACUUGUGCCUCGUAUUGUGCCCGAUCACGUUGCCAACGAGAGCCUUAACGCCAAGCGUCGGAAAAUGAGCAAAACUGUCACAACGGAGAGGAUCACCAUCGACUCUAGCAACAUCGCCUCGCAACAACCCCAGCUGGUCACUGGCGACAGCCUUUCGGUGCCUGAAAAUCAUACAGCAGUCGAUGUCAAGUUGUCGUUGGCUUUGCAAAUUGGAGCCGAAAAACCAUGCUUCCUUUGUUUCGGUCGUGUACAAAGCUCUGGUCAGCUAGCAUAUGUGGGCGAGGUUCUCGUACUGUCUGCAAUCGAUUCUUCAACGGUCGUUGCCCCCACAGAAAGCCUUCUAGAGUGCUGCGACGUGCAAGCUAUCAAUGCUGAAAGCCUGGUGGGCACGGCAUCUGCCCUGAUUGCUUUGCAAGUGGUCCGCAGCGUCCCUCAGCACGGUACGACCCUUGUCUUCGGGGCUACAGUGGACAUGGCCCAUGCCAUCUCCGCUGUAGCAGCUGGAACAGGGCACAACAUCCUGUUCGUUGCUGUCGACUCGGUUGACGAAGGGAAGCGAGAAGACUGGAUCGUAUUGCAUCCUCGUGCCUCUGCUCGAGUCGCUCAAAGACAGAUCCCUAAGGAUACAUCACUGGUCAUCAACAUGUCAAAGGACAAUCUCGAGACGACUGUGCCCUUCCUCCCCCUGUCUUGCGUCAUUCAGACCUUUGACCCCAGCAGUCUUCUACAUGAACCCAGCAAGGAGGUCGCUGCUGCACUGGGCAAAGCGCAUGACACGUACCGUUCAUUAGCCAGAGAAGAAGCCAGCGAACCAUCCGCCAAGAUGGUUGUUAACAUUGCUGAAGCUCCCCGUCAGCUUCUGGCCAACCGGGACCGUCUGUCCCUCGUAUUGGAUUGGGAGCGCCAUGGGCCAGUCAGCGCAGUCGUCCGACCCCUUGAAGCAAGCAGCCUCUUCUCCACUGACAAGACAUACUUCCUUGUUGGAAUGGCUGGAGAGCUUGGCCAGUCACUUUGUCGCUUUAUGAUCCGCGGUGGUGCUCGCCACAUUGUCCUUGCCAGUCGUAAUCCGGCCCAAGAUCCACAUUGGCUCAAGGAACUGCGGUCAUAUGGAACCAACGUCCGCAUUGUCAAGAUGGAUGUGACGGACCGAGCACAGGUGCACAAGACGGUUUCCAUGCUUCGGAGGACCAUGCCUAAGAUCGGGGGCGUUGCUAACGCUGCUUUGGUUUUUGAAGCUGGCAUAUUUGUCAACUUCUCGGCAGACAAUGUCACGAGACAGCUCAAACCCAAAGUCGAUGGCUCGCUCCACCUUGAUGAAGCGUUUGCCUCGGACAAUCUCGAAUUUUUCCUGACAUUCGGCUCUCUGGCAACCGUGUGCGGAAACCCGGGCCAGGCCAUGUACCACGCCGGCAAUAUGUUCAUGUCAAGCCUGGUGGAAAAGCGCAGACGGCGGGGCCAGGCGGCCUCCAUCCUCAACUUCGGUCUGCUUGUUGAUGUAGGCUACGUUGCCCGAAUGGACCGUGCUGAUGGUACCAACAUUGAGGGCACGCUCCGUUCCCUACUCUUGACCCCCCUAUCGGAAGCGGAGCUGCAUCAUCUUGUGCUUCAAGGCAUCAUAUCAGGCCGACCAGGAUCUGCCUCUGGAGAAGUAAUCAUGGGAAUGCCGCCCUAUAAAGAUGAUGGGACAGCGGUCGCUCGUCCGCCAUGGGUUGAGAAAGCCUUCUUUUCUCAUAUGAUUCACGCGCCAAUAUCUACCAGUGCGGCGAGCCAUGGGUCACCCCAAGCAUCAACAUCCAACACGUUGCAUCACCUGCGCAGCAGUCUCAACCGGGCCGGUAAUAUUACAGAAAUAACGCAAGGCGUCCGCGAACUCAUGUUCAAGAAGAUCGAACUGAUGAUCAAAGUGCCAAGGGAUUCUAUUGAUGCUAGUUCACCGUUGGCAGAUCUAGGGCUUGACUCUCUACACGGUAUCGACAUCCGAAAGUGGUUACUUGAAGAUCUCAAGGUCAACAUCCCGCUGCUUAAGAUUCUUGGCCCGGACGCUAUCGAGAAGACACUAGGCCACCAUGAGGCCUACCAGACAUGCUUCUUCGCCAGCUCAGGUAGCGCACAGGUUAAGCAGAACGUUACGAGUGAUGCCAAGUUACGCAGAUUGAGGCACAUUGCUUCAACCACGGAACAGGCGGCCGGGCAUGCCCAAGAGGCCUUCAAAGACGUUGCAAAUACGGAAUAUCAGCUCGCAUCGGGUGAGACAUUCCGGGCUGUUCUGGUAACCCACGGACCUGAGAAGCAUACUCUCAUCUUUGGCUUCCACCUCAUGGCGAGCGAUGCCCUCAGCUUUAGCAUCUUCCUCCGCGACCUCGAUCGAGCUUACCAGAUGCGACCUCUGGCAGCCAGCACGGGCUCGUACCUGGAUUUCAGUUGCCGACAACACGAUGACAUCGAAGCCCAUCGCCUUGAUGACUCUAUCAGGUACUGGAGACAGCAUCUUGAUCCGAUACCGGAUACUCUGCCCUUGCUGCCGAUCGCUCAAGCAAGUUCGCGAAAAGCAAGCCGAGCACAUCAGAACCACAUCGUCGAGCGAAAGGUUGAGGUCGCCAUGGUCAAAAAAGUCAAAACAGCUAGCCAAGCCUGCGGCGCCACAUCGAUGCAAUUUUACUUGGCCGUCAUGCAAGUUUUAAUAGCUCGUCUCGGUAAUGUUGACGAUCUAUGCAUCGGCAUUGCGGACAGCGGCCGAAGUCAUACAACAGACUUUUCUGAUUCAAUCGGCCACUUUGCCAACAUUCUUCCGGUUCGAUUCAAAAUUGAUUCUGUCCAGUCAUUCAAGGAAUUGGUAAACCAAACCUCGCACUCUGUGCUACGAGCAUUCGACAACUCGCAAGUUCCAUUCGAUCUGCUCCUCGAAAAGCUAGGAAUUGAGCGAUCCCCAGCGUACACACCUCUCUUCCAAGUCGCCUUCAACUACCGUGUCGGCGACAUAUUGCAACGGUCAAUUGGCGACUGUGCUUUGUCCAUGGAACAGUAUGUCGACAUCAAGACACCGUACGACUUGGUCAUCAACGUCACCCAGGCAGGGUCGCAAGGCCAUCUUGUCGAGUGCAUUACCAACGGGCGCUUGUACUCAAUAGCCGCUACAGAGUUCAUAACCGAAACAUUCGUUGGCUUAGUUGAAUCUCUGGCUAAGGACCAAUUCAUCAAAGUAAGAGACUGUAAGCUGUUCAACAACGAGCAGGUCGAAGGCGCUGUCACUCUCGGACGAGGACCGACAAUUAAACAUACUUGGCCCAAGACGCUGUCGGAGAGGUUCCAGGAUGUUGUUUCUUCGUUUCCAAACUCUAUCGCCAUCAAAGACGACAACGAGUCCCUGACGUACAACCUCUUGACCAGUCGCGUUGGCCUUUACGCUUCUUCUCUUGUCAACGCUGGGGCUGAGCCCGGCUCGCGUGUGGCAGUUUUGUGUGUGCCAAGUAUCGACAUCUAUGCUACAAUGCUUGCGGCUCUUCACAUUGGGGCCGUAUAUGUGCCACUCGACGUCAAUCUUCCAAUUGCGAGGCUCCGUAGCAUGAUGGACGCCUGUAAGCCAGACGUGUUAGUGUUCCAUGCGGAAACGGACGAGGCCGCCAAGGAAUGCUCCCGUGGUGGCAGAACUCGCACACUUGAUUUGUCCGAGUUGCAGGAACAUACUCCCAGAAGUGAUAACCCACCUCCGCUCGCUUCUACGUCUGCUACACAGGAAAGCUUCCUUCUAUUUACCAGCGGCUCCACAGGCACGCCAAAGGGAAUUCGUCUGGGCCAACGAGGCAUCAUGAACUACGCUGCGUCAAAGAGCGCCGUGCUCGGCCUAGGCCAAGUGCGUGUACUGCAGCAGACAUCAUGUGGCUUCGAUAUGGCGAUUGCCCAAGCGUUCAAUGCUUUUGCCAAUGGGGGUACUCUUGUGAUUGCCCCUACAGAAGCCCGUGGCGAUCCGACCAUGAUUUCAAAAAUCAUGCUGGAUGAGGCCAUCGAAUUCACUUUGGCUACCCCCUCGGAAUAUCUCAUGCUUACUGCCUAUGCCGCUGAUACUCUGCAAAGGUGCACAUCGUGGCGCUUUGCGUGCUCAGGUGGCGAAGCCGUCUCCGUCAGACUUGUCAACUCUGUACGACGACUAGAGCUCCCUGAGCUAAAUUUCAUGGACUGCUAUGGCCCGACGGAAGUUUCGUGCGCCGUCACAUUCCGAACGAUCCAGUUGGGUACCGGCGGCGCGGACAGCACUGAUGAACGUAACGGCUUAGAAGAUAGCCCUGCGAGCAAUAACGUCGGGAAAGCCAUCUCCAACACAUCGAUCUAUAUUCUCAGUGAAGAUGGCAAGACAGCUCUGCCUUUCGGUAUGCCGGGUGAGAUUUGCAUCGGCGGUAGCGGCGUUGCCCGAGGAUAUCUUGAUUCUAGGCUCAGCCAGGACAAGUUUGUACCGAAUCCGUUCGCAACACCUGACGACCGGGCCCAAGGGCAAGAUGUUAUGUACCACACUGGCGAUAAGGGCUAUCUCCUAGCGGAUGGCUCUCUCGCAUUCCUGGGCCGCAUCAAUGGUGGCAAUACAGUGAUCAAGCUUCGAGGCCUCCGAAUCGACCUGGACGAGGUUGCAGGGGCAAUCUUGGCGGCGGCCCCCAAAGACUGCAUAGCUGAUGCGAUUGUGAUGGCUCGUGGAGAGCCUCAAUUCCUUGUGGCAUACGUCGUAUGCGCGCAAGGAAGGAGUAUUGAUCAUGAGCAACUGGACCUGCUCCUUCGCGAUCUUGCGUUGCCGCGCUACAUGGUCCCUUCGAUGAUCGUUCCCCUGGACCACUUGCCUACAUCGACAAACGGGAAAGUCGACAGAGCAACUCUCAACACUCUUCCGCUCCCUGAUCAGAAAACAAGGAAGAACGACAAAGCAGCCCUGACGGUUCCUGAAGGAGAGCUACGAGCACUUUGGCAGACUGUCCUUGGCGAAGCAGCGGGUGCGGCCGCCAUCGGACCGUACUCGGACUUCUUCACAGUCGGCGGCAGCUCCCUCCUCCUUGUGCGACUACAGAAUAUUCUGAGGGAGAGAAUGGGUGUCCUUCUACCGCUGCAGGACCUCUACCAGGCUACGACUCUGAGGAAGAUGGCGGCAGCAAUGCAUCAAGAACGCGGUCAAUUGACUGAGGAGACCAUCGACUGGAAGUUGGAAACGGCGAUUCCUGACAGCGUUCUAGAAAAUGCGAACGGGCAGCCGUCAUCUCCACCACCCAAGAGCCAUGAUCGCCAGGUGCUUCUCACCGGCGCGGGGUCAUUUCUGGGUAGCGAGAUUCUUACACAGUUGUUGAAGAAUGACGACGUGGCGAAAAUUCACUGUGUUGCGGUUUCGGACGACGAACGGGAAAAGCUUUCGUCUCAGGAUGAUGGCAGUGGCAGGAUGAUCAUCUACGCUGGCAGCUUGAUGAGUCCGACGCUGGGCCUGUCUGGCACGGAGAGGGCACUCCUCAGAACCGCCAUCGACCAGAUCAUACACGCAGCAGUCCAGGGCCACUGCAUGAACAACUACACGUCGGUCAAAGAUGCGCUGUAUAUUUCAACACAGACGCUGGUCAGGCUUGCUCUUCCGCGUCAGGUGCCCUUCCACUUCAUUUCGGCGCCUCGCGUGGUUCUCCUGUCCGGCCAGCACGAGGCAAAGCCAGUCUCGAUGGCUGCACAUCUUCCGCCGACAGAUGGCUCCCAGGGCGUCACAGCUUCCAAGUGGGCCAGCGAAUGCUUCCUCGAAAAGAUUGCCCAGGAGAGGGACCUUCCUGUUGUGGUGCACAGGCACUGCGCUCUAAUCGGAGAGCGGGCGCCAGCCGACGAUGUUAUGAACUCGGUGGUGCGUUUUUCUGUGCUAACGCGCAAGGUGCCAAACGUGCCUGGAGCACAGGGUUUCUUCGACUUUAAGGACGUCGUGACUGUUGCAUCUGAGAUAGAGGGCGAGGCCCCGGCAGCCACAGGGGCUGUUUGCUACCGCCAUCAUAGUGGCGAUGUGCGCGUGCCAUUCAGCGAGCUGGCAAAGCGGCUGAGUGAGGUAUAUGGGGGCGAAUUUGAGACGGUCGAGCCAUCUGAAUGGCUCCAAGCCGCAGGGGAGUUUGGAAUGGGGGAGAUGCUGGUCAUCCACCUCAAAGCCAACAUGGAGAGUGGGAAGCCUAUGGUAUUCCCGUAUCUAGGCGUUUGA